ACUCCAAGUGCCACUUUCAAUUACUAUUUCAUUGUCCCAAGAUGUCACUGCUGUUUAAAACCACUGAUGACGUCUAGGGUCAUAAUAUAUUGCGGAUGCCACUUACAAUCGCCACUUCUCUAUCUCUAUAUGCCAUUGCCAUUUACCUUUGCUAAACCACUAAUAACGAUUAUUUUAUACUGUAGAUGCCAUUUCUCUGUACUAUUAUACCAUUGCCAGUUAUCCUUGCUGUACUAUUAAUCACGAUUAGGAGAAAAAAAUGCCACUUACAAUCGCCACUUCACUGUCCCAGCAGGUAUCUUGUAAAAGAGCAGAACCACCAGAUGAAACCUUUCAAGAGUCGCAAGAAGGGUCAUGUUUUACUUUCGUGCUUGACACAUUUUGACAGGAGGGCAGUGAAAGGUGGGUGCUUUCUCCUGCUUUCGCUGAGCGUGUCCAGAAAGCAGGAAAACGGAAGCAGUGCAACCGUUCCGCUCCGCCGAUGCGAAAAUGGCACAAGACAUAGCGAAAGGAUUCGGCUCAAAAUCUUUCUCUCAUUCGGACACGAUGGCUCCCUACAUCCCACAGGUGGACGAACCAACCUCCUUCACCGAAGGACCCCCGCCAGCCUAUCCAAAGGGUUUUUCCGUGAGGUUGCAGCUGUUUCGGCUGGCAGCUCGAACCUUCGUUCUGAUGGUAGCACUCAUUGGAAGUUUUGUCCUUCUGUCUGCUUACAUCCGGUCCACUUCCAACACUUCCUGUCUCUGUCCGGAAUUUUCUAGCAGAUCUGAUGCGGAACCUUUGAUUGCUGAACCAUCAACUAAUUUUAAGCUUCACAUUGGAGAAGACCUAAGAAAGGCGAAAGAUAAACAGCAUCUUAACUGUCUUGUUGAGAAAAAUCAGCAGUUUUUGGAUGCCAUGCCACCAUCGGGUAAAGCUAAGCUGCAAAUCAGUGGAGAACAGACGAUCAUUUCAUGCAGUUCUGGAAAAGGCAAGAAAAGAAAUCGCCGAUCAACUCCAUGUGAAUGCCAAUGUGGAUGCUGAAAAUUUUUUACAUCACAUAUGUGAAUUUCUAUAAGAAGCACAGCACAUGAACGAAUCAAUGUCAACCCUUAUUUAUCUGGUCAGAGAAAUAGUACAUUAAAGAACUGGAUCAUCAUUUCAUGUCAUGAAUAUAGAAAUUAAGAUUAUUUUUAAUAAACUUUUAUCCAUAUA